UAUAAAGUAAACAUAUAUUAUAAGAGACUAAUGAAUUACAGUGGAUACUCUUCUUUUGUGUGAUUUAAAAACUUGUUAAGAUUUGAUAAAGGUUCAGAUGUUCUGAAAUCAUAAUGUAUACGAUAUAGGAUCUCGUCUAUAUGAUUCCAUAAUAGUCGUCCUCUGGAGCCGUGGUACGGUUUUAAAAAUCCCUUCAAUGUCGACCACAUGGCUUCAAUGUUGUUAGUAUGAACGCCGGUAGUGGGGCCAACAAAAUAAAGUUUAUUCGCCACGACAUGAUUGACAUACCCGAGUCUAUGAAGGCAUCUAUACGCUCUCCAAUCAUGUGUAUAUACCGUAGUGCCCGGCUGCACGUAUUCCUUUAUAAUUGGUAUUAUUGUACUCGCUUGACGGUUUAUCACCCUCCGGAAAUGCCCCUUUUGUGUUGAGCGAUCAUAAAUUCGAGGUACCUGUCAAGUACAUUUACGAAAGUGCUACUUACCCAAUCUUCCUUGAUACUACGUCCCCUGUUAUAUUUUCACUUUCGCACUAUUGUCUCACCUGUCUACAUAAUACUCCCGACUAAUCCGAAUGAUUCGUGUAGACGUGUCACGCAUACCACUGGACGGCUGAAGUUUCAAGAACGCCUGCAAACGCCGCAGCCAGUGUCACUGGUGCCCUUAUAAUCCAAUUUGCAACUAUUAUCGUGAUUUGCCUCAGUCUCAGUCGCGAUCGAAAGAAGAAAGUCCCCGUUCUAGCAGACUUUUUUCUCCAACAUAAAGAAUAACGAAAUACUAUCUAAUCACGAUAGUCUACACACUGUACUGAAGUCAUUUGAUAACCGCAGCAGUAGUAGUAGUAGUCUUAUCUUUUGUAGCCGCUCAGUAAUCACCUCUUCUCUAAAAUCCGCUGUAAACCGAUCUUAUAUGAGCAUCAGGUGUUGAAUAUGGCUGCGUGACCUUGAAAUCCCUCAAACUCUUAUGAUUGGCUUGUUCAUAAAUAAGAGUCUCGCCUUCUUCUCUAUAAGCGACUACACUCUGACUAGAAUAAACCUUUGUUUAAAUUACAAUAAAGGAAAUACCAAAAAAUCUAUAAAAACAAGGUAAUAAUACUUUCAAUCUUUAUAAACAAUUAAAUUUUGAUUGGUUAAUUAAUAUGGACCAAUCAAAAUUAAGAAAAAUUAGGCUUUUUCAAUUUUUAACUUUAGAAAAUCAUGCUUAUUAGUUAAAAAAUUACCGAUUUAUUCAAAUUAUGCUUGCCACUUCUAUAAUGAUUGAAAAUAUUCCAUUAAUGCCAAAGACACCACAAAUUGUUAUAGAGAUUCCAGAAAAUACAUCAGAAGAAUUAAACUAUAAUGAUUUAUUUAUAAAAUCAAAUCAUCAUCAUCAUCAUUGGACAUCUGGUAGAUCAAGUCCAGGAUCAUGUUUUCAAAAUUUAUUAGCACCUUAUUAUUGGUCAACAAAUCAACAACAAUAUCAUUUAUCAAUAAGUGAAAAUUCAUCAAGUUAUGGAAAUCUUAAAGAGGAUUAUCAUAUAGAUAAACAAAAUGUAUUGAAUCCACAAUUAUAUAUGAGUAGAACACCACCGCCAACAUUAUCAUUAUAUUAUUCAAAUCAAACUAGAAAUUCAUAUUGUUGUAUUGCAAAUCAGAAUACAACAAAAUCUUAUACAUCAUCUGAACAUGACAAAAAUAGUGAUUAUCAACAUUCUAGUUCAACUUCAUUAACUUCGAAUUAUAAUAUGAAUAAAUCAUUAUACUUAGAUAAUUAUACAGAGAAUUAUAUUUGUCAACCACAACAACAACAACACCGCCACCACCAAUAUCACCACCACCACCAACAACAACAACAGUACCUUCAAUCAGAAAGAUUUCCACAUGUACAUAGAUCCUAUACAACGAAAUCUAUGAAAACGAAUUUAAAUAAACCAUCCAAUCGUUCAUUAAGUCCAUAUUCUUUUUAUAAUUAUUAUCCACAAACUAUUAAUUUAUCUAAACAAUGUAUACCAUGUAUAUCAACUAAUAGUCAAUAUAGUGAUUUAGAUUUAUUGAAUUAUCAUUAUAAUAUAAAUCAUUCUGAUAAUAUUUUCUUAUCUAAAACUAUGUUAAGUAAAAUGAAUAAACAAAAAUUAAUACGUAGAGCAUCUACACCAUUAUCCUAUCAAAGUUUAAUGACAUCAUCACAGAUAUUAUGUAAUUCUUCAAUGACUACAAAUACCUCAUAUAAUACCAAUAAUAAUAAUAGUAAUAGUAGUAAUAAUCGAUCGAAUUUGAUUAAUCAUUAUCAAUAUAAUCGAUCAAUAAUUCAACAUCCAUCAUCAUCUAUCAUACAACGUUCUAAUUCUUUACCAGAAUUAUCAACAGUUCUAAAGUAUAAUGAAUAUAAAAUGAAUCCAUCUAUAAAAUCUUAUUCAAAAAUAAUAAAAAAUGAACAAAAUCAAGAUAAUUUGUAUCAUAAAUAUAAAUCGAAUAGAAUACCAUCGAUACAAUCUAAUCAUCAUUUAUUAUAUCCAAUUGAGUUACCAUGUCAACAAAAAUUGUAUUUAUCUACCAUGAGAAAUCAUCGUCGACAUACAGAAGAUUGUAGUCAUCAAAUAAAAAAUAAAUCAUCAUCAUUAUUAUUAGUACAAUUAAAUCGUCGAUCAAAUUCUGUAUGUUCACAAAAUCAUUGUCAUUCUAAUAUGAAUAAUCAUAAUCAUAAUACUACUCAUACUACUCAUGGAAAUAUUGUUAGUAGUAUGCGUAGUGUCAAUUUUAUUAGUAAUAUUCAUAAUAAUAAUAAUAAUAAUAAUAAUAAUAAUAAUAAUAAUUUAGAUCAUUCUAAUCAAAUGAUAAAUGAUUAUAACCAUUAUAUACAACCAUCCAUAUCACUAACGGAUAAUACAAAUUUAGAUAAUACUAAUAAUUCAUUAGAUAUAAGUAGUAAAUCAAUAUAUAAACAAAAUAAUGAAAUCACCAAUGAUAAUCAUCAUAUACUUAAUUCUAAUGAUUUAGAAUUGAAUAAAAUGGAUUCUAAUCAAAAUAUCAUUGAAUUACAUGUGAAAAAAGGUGAUUCAUUUACCCAUUGUCUAUGUUCAUUAAUUGUUCUAUUAGUAUGUAUGCAAUUAGUUGUUGGGAUUGUAUCUACAGGACUUGGAUUAUUUUUAACAUGGAAAGUACCAGAAUUAGAUCCUAUGGAAUGUGCUUAUUUAUCUGGUAUACCACUUAUUAUCUCUGGUUUGGUUGGAACGUGUAUUUGUUUUCAGCAUAGAAUUCCUUCAAUCUCACCACAAUUAAUGAAUAUUAUCCAAAUUAUAUCUGGUAUAUUAUCAUUAAGUUGUUUUAUAAUAUGUCUUACAACAAGUAUAUAUACUGGUAAAAAAGGUAGUUUAAUUGCAUCUUAUGAUAAUACAUGUAAAAUGAUAUCAAUAGAACAAUUAUUAGAACAAAGACAACAACAACAACAACAACAACACCACACCCAACAACAACAACAUCAUCACCCCCAACAACAUCAUCAACCCCAAGAACCCCAACAACAACUUACAUUCAAUACAAAAAUAAUCAAUAAUUCAAUUAAACUUAUUAAAAAUAUAUGUGAAUGUUAUAUUAAUUAUAAUAAACGUAUAGAAUAUUAUCAUCAUAUUUCAUGUCAUUUAUUAUUUUCAUCAAUUAAAGAUUAUAUAAUAUUACAAUCAGCAUUAAUGUGUAUUGGUUGUGGUGUAUCAUUAUGGUUAUGGUUAUUAUUUAUAGAAAAUAAAUUAAAAUAUUAUAUUAAUAAUAAAUAUACAAGAAUAAGUUUUUCAUCAACACGUAGUUCAAUCCCUGAAAUAUUCAUUGAACAUAAUGAUGAAAAAACAAGUAGUACAGAUAUGAAUGAAAUGGAAUAA